CAAAUUCAUCUGCCCCUCCUCCUGUCCCUCUCCAGUAUGGCUAGACGGAGGUUAGACUGCUUUCUUUUAGGCCAGGUGUUUGCUGGCCUGACCCUGGUAUCGAUAGGACUUUCUUUUGUUCAGAGCAAUGAGUGUCCCCAGCUGUGCGUGUGUGAGAUACGGCCCUGGUUUACCCCCCAGUCCACUUACAGAGAAGCUAUCACUGUGGAUUGCAAUGACCUGCGCCUAACACGAAUCCCUGGGAACCUCUCAAGUGACACCCAGGUUCUCCUCCUACAGAGUAACUACAUUGCCAGGACCACUGAGGAGCUAGAGCAGCUCUUCAACCUCACCGAGCUGGAUUUGUCCCAGAACAACUUCAGUAGCAUUCGGGAUGUUGGCCUUACCAAUAUGUCCCAGCUCACCACGCUUCAUCUGGAGGAGAACCAGAUCACAGAAAUGCCUGAUUACUGUCUGCAGGACCUCAGCAACCUGCAGGAGCUCUACAUUAACCAUAAUCAGAUCAACACCAUCUCCGCCAAUGCCUUCUCUGGGCUCCACAACCUGCUAAGGCUUCACCUCAACUCCAACAAGCUUAAGACCAUCAGUAGUCAGUGGUUUGAUUCUACACCCAAUCUAGAGAUCCUCAUGAUUGGGGAGAAUCCCGUUGUGGGAAUAAUGGACUUCAACUUUAAGCCACUGGGCAACCUUAGAAGCCUUGUUUUGGCUGGGAUGGAUUUGACAGACGUCCCUGGAAAUGCCUUUGUGGGACUUGACAAUCUUGAGAGCCUCUCUUUCUACGACAAUAAGCUGGUCAGGGUCCCUCAAAGAGCCCUCCAGAAACUGCCUAACCUCAAGUUCUUGGAUUUGAACAAAAAUCCAGUGCACAAGAUUCAGGAAGGAGAUUUCAAAAACAUGCUGAGACUAAAAGAGCUGGGUAUAAACAACAUGGGCGAGCUGGUUUCUAUUGACCAGUACAGUCUGGACAAUCUUCCUGAGCUCACUAAGCUGGAGGCUACAAACAACCCCAAGUUCUCCUACAUCAAUCGUCAGGCCUUUCGUGAUGUCCCAGCCUUAGAGAGUCUAAUGCUAAACAACAACGCCUUGAAUGCCCUCUAUCAAUCUACUGUGGACUCUCUCCCCAACCUACGUGAGAUCAGCAUCCACAGCAACCCUCUUCGCUGUGACUGUGUCAUCCAGUGGAUGAGCUCCAACAAAACCACUGUCCGGUUCAUGGAACCUCUGUCUAUGUUUUGUGCCACGCCAGCAGAGGUCAGGGGUAUGCAUGUGCGGGCGGUGUUGCAGAAGAACUUAUUAAACCAAUGCUUGCCCAUGAUUUCCCAUGAUACCUUCCCCAACCACCUCAACUUGGACAUUGACAUGACGGUGGACCUGGACUGCAGAGCCAUGUCUCAGCCUGAGCCGGAAAUAUACUGGGUGACACCGAUGGGGAACAAGGUAAUGAGGGACACCCUAUCCGACAAGUACAGUCUCAGCAGUGAAGGGACAUUGAGAAUUUCUCAUAUCCAAGUAGAAGACUCUGGCAGAUACACAUGUGUAGCUCAAAAUUCAGAAGGAGCUGACACAAGAGUGAUAGCCAUACGUGUAAACGGUACUCUGUUAGACAGCACUCAGCUUAUGAAGAUCUACGUCAAACAAACAGAGUCCCACUCAAUCCUGGUCUCCUGGAAGGUAAACUCAAAUGUAAUGACCUCUAACCUAAAGUGGUCAUCUGCCACCAUGAAAAUUGACAACCCACAUAUUACUUACACUGCCAGGGUACCUGUGGAUGUCCACGAGUACAACCUUACGCAUUUACAACCGGCGACUGAGUAUGAAGUGUGCCUCACUGUCUCCAACAUCCACCAACAAACACAGAAGUCAUGCGUAAAUGUGACGACAAAGCAAGCAACUUUUGCUGUGGAAAUAUCUGACCAAGGGACAAAUACUGCUCUUGCAGCAGUUAUGGGAACAAUGUUUGCAAUCAUCAGCCUGGCAUCACUGGGGGUGUACAUUGCAAAGAGGUGGAAGAGGAAAAACUAUCAUCAUUCCCUGAAGAAGUACAUGCAGAAAACCUCGUCAAUACCGUUAAAUGAGUUGUACCCUCCUCUUAUCAACUUGUGGGAGGCAGACAGUGAGAAGGAGAAAGAGGGCUCCUCUGAGACCAAACCCAGCCAGGUGGACACCACACGCAGCUACUACAUGUGGUGA